AUGGCUCCCUCGCGCGCCGAUGUCGCUAUUGAGAGCAUAUCCGCAUAUGGAACUGCUCGUUCAACCGUCGCCGAGAAACCCCUCAGUUCCGAAGAGGUCCGCAAGAUAGAGGCAUACUUUCGAGCUAGCAUGUAUCUAUGCCUUGGCAUGAUCCAUCUCCGUGAAAACCCCCUGCUCAAGGAGCCUCUCACAAAAGCACACCUCAAGGCCCGACUGCUUGGUCAUUGGGGGUCUGAUGCUGGUCAAGCAUUCACCUGGAUGCAUUUCAACCGUCUGAUCAAGAAAUAUGAUCUGGAUGCACUUUUCGUCUCGGGCCCGGGUCAUGGAGCCCCUGCUGUGCUAUCCCAAGCAUAUCUCGAGGGAACUUACUCCGAAGUGUACCCUAAUAUGUCGGAAGAUGAAGAGGGCAUGAGAGCAUUCUUCAAGCAGUUCUCAUUCCCAGGUGGCAUUGGCAGUCACGCAACGCCAGAAACCCCGGGCAGUAUUCACGAAGGUGGAGAGCUUGGAUAUUCGAUUUCACACGCCUUUGGCACCGUCUUCGACAACCCCAAUUUGAUUACGUUGACUAUGGUUGGAGAUGGUGAGGCAGAGACAGGUCCUCUCGCUACAAGUUGGCACAGCACAAAAUUCCUCAACCCAAUCACCGACGGUGCAGUCCUUCCAGUCCUCCAUCUCAAUGGGUACAAGAUCAACAACCCAACCAUCCUCGCUCGAAUCAGCCACAAGGAGUUGGAAUCACUGUUCCUUGGUUAUGGAUGGACACCCUAUUUCGUCGAGGGUAGCGACAUGGAGAGCAUGCAUCAAGCCAUGGCUGCAACCCUAGAGCAUUGUGUCUUGGAAAUCCGCAAAUACCAAAAGGAAGCUCGUGACUCCAAGAAGGCGUUCCGACCACGUUGGCCCAUGAUCGUUCUUCGUAGUCCGAAAGGAUGGAGUGGACCAAGAAAAGUGGACGACAAUUUACUCGAAGGAUACUGGCGCGCCCAUCAAGUCCCAAUUCCCGAUGUCGCUUCCAACCCUGACCACUUGAAGGUGUUGGAGAAUUGGAUGCGCAGCUACAAGCCGGAGGAAGUUUUCGAUAAGGAGGGCACUCUCAUUCCCGAGCUGAAGGCUCUUGCCCCAACCGGAAACUCUCGGAUGAGUGCCAAUCCCGUUGGAAAUGGUGGUGUUCUUCGGAAGCCUCUCCACAUGCCAGACUUCCGCACAUACGCCCUUACAAAUAUUGAACCUGGAAUUUCCAACCUGCCCAGCAUGUCCAACAUGGCUAAGUUCCUACGUGAUAUCGUGGCCAAGAACCUGAACAACUUCCGUGUCUUUGGUCCUGAUGAGACUGAGUCCAAUAAACUUGGCGAGAUCUACAAGGCUGGAAAGAAAGUCUGGAUGGGCGAAUACUUUGAAGAGGAUGCCAAUGGAGGAAACCUUGCAUACGAGGGUCGUGUCAUGGAGAUGCUCAGCGAGCACACCUGUGAAGGCUGGCUGGAAGGAUACAUCUUAUCUGGACGUCACGGUCUGCUCAACAGCUACGAACCAUUCAUUCACAUAAUUGAUUCCAUGGUCAACCAGCACUGCAAGUGGAUCGAAAAGUGUAACGAAGUCGAAUGGCGUGUCAAGUUCUCUUCGCUCAACAUUCUUCUGACAGCCACCGUCUGGAGACAAGACCAUAACGGCUUCACCCAUCAAGAUCCCGGUUUCCUCGACGUGGUCGCUAAUAAGAGCCCCGAAGUCGUCCGUAUCUACCUACCACCCGAUGGAAACUGUUUGCUCUCCGUAACAGACCAUUGUCUUCGAAGCACAAACUACGUAAACGUCAUCGUCGCCGACAAGCAAGACCAUCUCCAAUACCUGGACAUGGACGCCGCGCUCGAGCAUUGCACCAAGGGUCUCGGCAUCUGGGACUGGGCUAGCAACGACCAAGGCGUGGAACCCGAUGUAGUCAUGGCAUCAUGCGGUGACGUCCCAACCCACGAGUCCUUGGCCGCUACAGCACUCCUCCGCGAAUUCCUUCCAGACCUGAAGAUCCGUUUCGUCAACGUCGUGGAUCUAUUCAAGCUGAUCGACAACUCUGACCAUCCCCACGGCCUGACAGACCGAGAAUGGACCUCGAUCUUUACAAAUGACAAGCCCAUCAUCUUCAAUUUCCACUCCUACCCAUGGCUUAUCCACCGUCUCACAUACAAGCGUCCCGGCCAGACAAACCUGCAUGUCAGGGGCUACAAGGAGAAGGGCAACAUCGACACCCCGCUCGAGCUGGCUAUCCGCAACCAGACCGAUCGAUACAGCUUGGCGAUGGAUGCUGUUGAUCGCAUCCCAAGUCUGCACAACACGGCUAGCGGCGUCCGCGAUAAGUUGCUGAAUCUGCAGAUCGCGGCCAAGGCGCAGGCAUACGAGAAUGGUACUGAUCCUGAGUAUGUUACAAAGUGGAGGUGGCCAUACCCGAGAGAGUAG